AUGUUCAGGGAACCCAUUGGGGUUGUUGGGUUGAUUACUCCAUGGAAUUACCCUCUGUUGAUGGUUAGUUGGAAAGUUGCUCCUGCCCUGGCUGCUGGGUAUACUGCAAUUCUCAAGUCAUCUGAAUUGAAAUUUGUUACUUGUGUGGAAUUGGUUGAAGUGUGUAAGGAGGUGGGUCUCCCUUCAGGUUUCCUUAACAUUUUGACUAGAUUGGGGCCUGAAGCUGGUGCUCCUUUGACAUCGCAUCCCCAUGUUGAAAAGCUUGCAUUUACUAGAAGCUCAGCCACACGAAGCAAGAUCAUAACUGCUACAGUGCAACUCAAACAUGUUGCAAGUUUCACUCUGUGGAGAAUGUCCUAUAGUUGUAUUUGA